AUGGAGACGCCCAUCGAGCGCGAAAUUCGCCGUAGCUGCGAACGCGAGGAAAGCUUGCGCCGGAGCCGGGGCCUGAGCCCAGGUCGCGCGGGCAGUGAACUCGUUGAACUGCGCGUGCGGCCGGUGCUCAGCCUGCCGGGCCCCAGCCCCGCGCUCCCGCGCGCGUUGGAGCGCGCUCGGGCUGGCGCGCAGAUGCAGCGAGACAUCGAGCGGGAGGCCCAUCGGCAGGCGGCGCUGGCGCGCCCCGAAGUCCCGAAGCAGAGCGCCCGGCCGCCGCCGCAGCCCCUGGGCGAGCUCAAGCGCUUUUUCGAGGCUGCUGGCGGGUGCUCCUCCUCACCCGCGGCGGAGGGCAGCGCAGACACGCAGCGGCUGUCCGAGCCCGGAGGCCGGCUGCAUUCAGUCGUACAGGGCCGGUGUCCGGUGCUGUCUCGCGCCCCGCCGCCCAUCGCACCGUCGCUGCUGGAGCAGGAGGUGCGCGAGGUGAAUGAGCGCGAGCGGGAGCUGCAGCGCCAGCGGCUGAGCCUCUACGGCACCGCCGAGUUCAAGGAGCCCGCGCCCAGCCUAACGGUGAGCAGGGGUGACGGAAAGCUGGCGGUGAUCUGGCCUCCUCGCAGAAAGGCUUCGGAGAACGGUCUGGAACAGGAGGAGCCUUGAGGUUCCGGCCCUCUGGGGUCCCCCGAGGAAAGUAACACGCUCCGCAGACGCUCAGGCCCGGGCGCUCAGGAGUGCCCUCCGGAUCCGCGGAAGGCCUGAAGAAGGGCCACAGGUCUGUGCCGGGGAAGACGCAAUCGAUCAGCAUCCUUGAACCUGACUUUGUGAAACUGACCGGAAUCUUCUAUAAAACUGUUAGUCCCCAUUGGGAAACACCGUCGUCACAACCUCACCAGUAAAACUGCCCAGCCUUUCUCCGCCUAACUGCAAACGGCACUUAGCCUCUCCUGGCCUUGUCUGUUAGAGGACAGGGGUCCUCGGCUGUCCCUGCUCCCCAA